UCCUGAACUUAUAAAGAUGUCAGUAUCUGGAAAGAAGGAAUUUGACGUGAAACAGAUCUUGAGGCUCCGCUGGAGAUGGUUCAGCCACCCCUCACAGAAUUCCACAGGCACCGGAGGUUGCCUCCAGCAGGAAGGAUAUGAGCAUAGAGGAACGCCGGUUCAAAACAGGCUGAAGAGCCACUCGCGGGACAGAAACGGGCUGAAGAAAAACAACAGCCCAAUCCAUCACAACAUCUUGGCGCCGGUGCCUGGCCCGACCCCGGUGCCACACCGGCCGAUCCAAACCUGGCAUGAACAAAACCUCAUCGAACAUCUGCAAGGGACGGCGGAGGAGACGCCGAAAGCUGGCUCAGAGGAGAACUGUGACAACGAAGAACCUGACAAAAACACGCCGGAUCUUCAAAUGAUCACAGAAGAGAACACUGAUGAGCCCGUCGAGAGGCUAUCAAUAAGCAACUGUUCCUCUCCUAUGGGAGUGAAUAACAAUGGAUCUGACGAAUACUUCCAUUCCACGAAUCAUGCAGAACAGACAUUUCGCAAGAUGGAGAAUUAUCUCCAGCAGAAGCAACUCUGUGACGUUCUUCUCAUUGCUGGAGACCACAAGAUACCUGCUCAUAGGCUGGUUCUGAGCGCUGUGUCUGACUAUUUUGCUGCGAUGUUUACCAAUGAUGUCCGUGAAGCGAAACAAGAGGAAAUAAAAAUGGAAGGUGUGGAUCCCGAUGCGCUGAAAGACCUGGUGCGCUACGCCUAUACAGGUGUCUUGGAACUAAAAGAAGAUACUAUCGAGAGCUUGCUAGCUGCAGCUUGUCUUCUCCAGCUUUCGCAAGUCAUCGAGGUCUGUUGCAACUUCCUCAUGAAGCAGCUUCAUCCUUCAAACUGCUUAGGCAUCCGGUCCUUCGGAGAUGCUCAGGGGUGCACAGAACUUUUGCAAGUGGCGCAUGUGUACACUAUGGAGCACUUCACCGAAGUCAUAAAAAAUCAGGAAUUUCUCUUGCUGCCUGCCGGUGAAAUUGCAAAACUCCUGUCCAGCGAUGAUAUCAAUGUUCCGGAUGAAGAAUCGAUCUUCAAGGCAUUAAUGAUGUGGGUUCGACAUGACUUGCAGAACAGGCAGCAGGAGCUGGGAAUGCUUCUCUCUUACAUAAGAUUGCCCCUGCUCUCCCCACAGCUAUUAGCAGAUCUGGAAAACAGCCCCAUAUUUACUGAUGACCUGGAGUGCCAGAAACUUCUCAUGGAAGCCAUGAAAUACCACCUGCUCCCAGAAAGGAGGUCAAUGAUGCAGAGUCCUCGUACCAAGCCCAGGAAGUCCACCGUUGGCUCGCUUUAUGCUGUGGGGGGCAUGGAUGCCACCAAAGGCACCACCACAAUCGAGAAGUAUGACUUGAGAACAAAUAGCUGGAUACAAAUUGGAACGAUGAAUGGGAGGCGGCUACAGUUUGGCGUUGCUGUGAUUGACAACAAGCUUUACAUCGUGGGAGGAAGAGAUGGUCUGAAAACAUCCAACACCGUCGAAUGUUUCAAUCCAGUAACCAAAGCCUGGACUGUGAUGCCUCCGAUGUCAACCCACAGGCAUGGCUUAGGUGUAGCGAUGCUUGAAGGACCCAUGUACGCUGUGGGAGGCCAUGAUGGCUGGAGCUACUUAAACACAGUCGAACGAUGGGACCCGCAGGCCCGGCAGUGGAAUUACGUAGCAAGCAUGGCGACUCCGAGGAGCACUGUGGGCGUUGCAGCACUGAAUAGCAAGUUGUACGCCGUCGGAGGGCGAGAUGGCAGCUCCUGCUUGAAAUCCAUGGAAUGUUUUGACCCCCACACCAACAAGUGGAGCAUGUGUGCUUCAAUGUCAAAGCGGCGAGGAGGAGUCGGUGUUGCAACCUAUAAUGGGUUUCUAUACGCGGUAGGAGGCCACGAUGCUCCGGCUUCUAACCACUGUUCUCGACUUUCUGAUUGCGUCGAAAGGUAUGACCCCAAAACAGACACUUGGACUACUGUAGCACCUUUGAGUGUACCUCGGGAUGCUGUGGGAAUCUGCCCUCUUGGAGACAGGUUAUAUGCAGUUGGUGGCUAUGAUGGACACACCUACCUGGACACAGUGGAAUCUUACGACACACAAAACAACGAAUGGACAGAGGAAGUUCCGGUCAACAUAGGAAGAGCUGGAGCCUGUGUUGUUGUUGUAAAGCUGCCAUGACGGAUGUUUUCGGGUGUGUAAUAAUACAUGAGCACAGCUCCACAAAGCAGCAUGGCAGAAGAGGAGGAACUGCAUCCCUGAAAGCUACUCACAUGGCUUUCGUUACAGAAGGAGAAACGAAAAGGAUGAGCCACUGUGGAACUGAAGCAUGAAAACAGCAUUUCUCUGCAUUCCAAAGACAAACUCAAAAGAUCUUCACUCAUCGUGGUGAUGUUAACCUCUGUUCAUAGGCAAGAGCUGGGUGCACAUAGUUUCUUCAGAUAGGACAGCACAAUUCUAAACUGGGGCAGGGGAUCACCUCAUUUUUGUGUCAAGAACAGUCAAUCGUGCAGCUCCAAAGGAAUCAUGGUUUUUUUGUUGUUGCAUAUAAUUGCUUUCUUGCAUAAACAGUACACCUACUUCUUGGUUUGGGGAAGUAGGAUAAGGAGUCAUGAUGUUCCUGAGCCUUCACCCUCUCACCACUGUCAAGUC